GCCAUCCGGCAGGUGGGGUGUUGCAACAUAGAAACGGAAUACAAUUUAUUUUGGAAUUGGAUUGGAAAGCCAAAAGAGUUUAACAUGAAAACAGGAUGGAGAGGUUGCUAGAAAUAAUUCGUUCCGACAGUUCUGAUCAAGAUAAAGGAGACACCAUCAACAGUUUAUUGGACGAAGUGUUCGUGCAAGGUCUUUCAGAAGAAGAUUAUUUCGUCAUCGUCAACUACUGCUUGCGUUCAAUUGCUUUACCUAAAAACCAGAAUGAGUUGGGUAAAGAAGCAACAGUUAAGAUUAUGUCCAAAUUAAACUCAUUUAGAAAAAAUGAAUUUAAUGACAUUUCUCUUCAAGUGGUCAGUGAACUUAUUUCACCUGACGCGAAUGAACCUGUUGAUAUCCUUGCCACAUCUAAAGAACUAUUAACUAUUGGCUUCCUCGAGGAUGUUGUUUCUACAGAAUUCUCUGAUAAUGUGUUGAAGAUUUUGCAAAGAUUACGUGGAAAGCUCAGUCUGUCUGUUUUGGUGGAUAUAGCAAAUGUGACUCAGUCCAAUCCUAAAUGUCUGCCUCCUCAACAACAGCUUCAACAAUUCUGCACUGAAAUCAUUAAUCAAGUGUCCUCUCUCAGCAUUCCUGUCAGCCAACUUAUUAGUUUCAUGCAAGAUGUAAUGGCUGUAGCAAACAUGGUUCAGAGGAUUUGGCUGACUUCACCUGGUGAUAUUGUAUUGUCUUGCUUGGCAAAUAUCUACACCCUGAUUGCAGAUAGCAGUGCUUCCAACCCUCCAAGUCAGUCGUUGGCAGCUUUUCUUAAUGUCACCCCAACAAGUCAGAUUGAGAUAGCCCUUGAAAAACUUUUGAUGCUGGCAGGGUUAUCUAAUAGUGACAAACUUGUAGUUAAGCUUGCUAUAAUCUUCUGUGAUUGGCUUCUUCAGUGGCCCAAAGCAACUAAAAUAUCCAACUGGAUUUUAUCCCUAUUUAAAAUGCUCACUCUUGAUGGUAGAUCUUCAAUUGUAGCUGAAGUGAUCUCUCUUAAAGCUCCUAAGCUUAUGGAGCAGUCAAUCAUUCCUGUUAUCAGGGGCUCUACUGCUCCAGUCUUGCCGUAUUUGCUACUUACAAUGCGUGAUCAACCGCAAGAAAAAGUGGAACCGAUAUUGAAGCCGGCGAUCACUCUUGUAAAUAUUUUGAAGAUCCAACCAUCAAAAGAUAAUGAAACACAGUAUUUAAGAACGGAACUGGUAGAAGGUCUCUAUGUUCUGAGCGAAAAACUCCCGCAAAAAGAAGAUCAACUAUAUCAGGCGCUCCUCCGAACCAUAUCUGAUUAUCCACGACCUAGUGACCAGCGUAUACUGUCUAGGCUCGACUCUGUUCCGGCCUUAUUUGACUCUCGAUUUUCUAAGGACUGCAAUGCACCCAUAAUAUUGAAUAGUAACUGGUUAGAAUCGAGAACCACUACUGGGAAAAUCGGAUUAAUAAACUUGGGCAACACCUGCUACAUAAAUUCCAUUCUGCAAGCCCUCUACAUGAACUAUGAUUUCACCCGAUCGGUGCUGGGUUCCAUCACAACAAACCAUCAAAAUGUACUUAGUCAGUUGCAGCAAGUCUUAAUAUUCUUACGGUACAGUUUUCGAGCAGCGUAUUCACCCGCCGCAUUUAUUAAAGCUUCGCGGCCGCCGUGGUUUGAGACCGGUAGACAACAGGACUGUUCCGAAUUUUUGAGGUACCUGAUGGAUAGCUUGUAUGAGCAAGAGAAAGCUGACAGAAGUGUGCUUCAGUGUGGUCAUCGUUGGACAGUUGGUGUCAGUAAGGAAGUGACAGAUGAAGUUGAACCAGAAAACGAAGACGAAUCUGAGAAAGCGAAUAUUGAACUUCAGCGUUGGGUCACAGAAGAAGACUUGACUGUUGGACUUGCUAUACCUGAAGAGAAAUUGCCAGUCGACAAAUGUAUUCAAGUAGCUGAUAGCUUGUCGAACGUUCACUCGGAUUCCACGGAGACGGUGGAUAGUGGCAUUCAAUCGGUUGUUGAUGGACAAGAAGACAAAGUUAAAUCUUGCUCUGAGUUGGACAACCAACAGCCGGAUCGAAAGCAACAGCUCAGUUUGAUACAUAAAAUAUUUGGUGGGAAGAUGACCACUACUUACCGGUGUCUUGCGUGUGGCACUGAGUCGCAUCAUCAAGAUUUUUUCACCGACCUCCACCUGGCUUUCCCUGAUCCUGUUUCAUCAACGGUAACCAGAGUUACUAGGCAGUUACCUUCUCCGGAUACUGAAGGAUUGAGCCUCGAUUCGCUCUUAAAGUUUUACUUCACUGCAGAAAAGCUUCAAGGCGAAAACCGCUACCACUGUGAUAAUUGCGCCGAACUGGUUCAAGAGGCAGAAAGAAUACUUUGUGUUACAGAAGCACCACAACAUCUUCUUUUGUCGUUGCUGCGGUUCCACUACGACCGAUUGCUUCAGCGCCGAGGAAAGAUCACCACUCAAGUUAGCUAUCCUCAACGACUAGAACUGCCAAUCGAGGGAGGAACAACCGUCACCUAUGUACUCUAUGCUGUCGUGAUACAUUCGGGUGUAACCCUUGAUGGGGGACAUUACUAUACGUUGGCGCGCAGUAGCGAUUUGAGUCCAGAAGAUAUUCUUGGGAAUGGAAACAGCACGGAACCUUGGUUUAUGUUUAACGAUAGCCAAGUGUCGCGAACUGACUUUGAAUCGUUGAUCAGUCUAUCACGUAAAUAUCCUACAGAUACUCCUUACUUACUCUGGUACCGGCGAGUGUCAGACGACCAAGAUGGAAGCUUCCCUGAUCAAGGGAAAAGUACGCCUUCGGUGCCUCUGAUACUGCCGACUGAUCUAAAGCGCAUGGUGGAUGAAGAUAACGCCAAAUUCGUCCAAGAACGAUUGCGGAAUAUUAGCCGUCCAAUUCGAAGUAGUUGGAUGCCACCUAAGAAGGAUGAUGACCAGGACCCGCACCGAAGAGACCCCUUCCAAGAUAACAGUGGCUCACGUUUCAUAUUCUGAGGGUUACGCGCAGUUCUGCCACUAAAAAUUAACGUUUUGACGGCCUACAUGUAUUUUCGAUCAAAGAAAAAAAUUGUUUCAAAUGCGUAAUUUAUGUAUUAAGCUUAGUUAUAAACGUAAAUUUGAAACUUCUUAGCCUCCCAGUUAUCUUAAUUUAUGAAUGACAAAUACUUUGUGUAAUCCAUGCCUUUUUUAAAAGAGCACUAUCUUAUUCUGAAAAAUAACUAAACAGAAAAUGGAAUUUCACGAAAUAAACUGUCUUUAUUGUUUUUUCUAA